CACGCAAACGCGAGAUAAUGUAACCAACUUCACUUCGUAAAUGUUCGAUCUCUUUCAACUACGCCGAGGCUUGUACUUUUGAAGAUAGCGCUUUUCGACAUGGCUUUAUCAGUUGCACUACCUCUGGCUGGAUUGGAGACAGAAAAUUUUAAUUCGUUCAGGCAUAUCAUAGAUAUAGCGGGCCUGUCUCAGUCUCAGACGAGCCCGAGCCCAUCUGUCUCCAGUGAAUCUAGCGGUAUCGGCUCAUUGGGCUCGUUGAAAUCCGAGUCGGUAAAUAACGACUCCUUGCCGUCUAGUCCUCAGACAACAGAGAAGAAAUUAUUCGAACCCGUUGUGCAACCACAGCCACGUCCGAAAGAGAAAAAAGUUGAAGAUGUUACAAUAUUUUAUGGAGGGCAUGAUAUUCUCAACUUGAGUGCUAAUCUCACUGAUCCUCGAUGGAAUUACCGUGCCACAGUACUGCCACCAAACAAUCCUGCGCUGUUCUUCGCCAACCGAUCGCAGUACCACCGGUUGGGACCGUACGGGACACGCACGCAGUACGUAAAAGAUUCUUGCCGCUUGUGUGGCUUCUCAUGGGUCGUAGCCGCCACAGAUUAAUUCGACAAUAUGACAACGUAAACCUGAACAAACGAAAUUUUGGGUUAUAACUGGGACACAACAGGGUGCAAAUCGACUUGUUUAACAUGUCACAUAAAUGGGGUUAGUCCUACCGUUGUAAAUUUUAGCCAACGACUUUAGUUCACUACAUUGUAAUGAAUUUAUCACCUGACGACCUGAUAUUCUAGCCUAAAAUGUCAGGGAAUCCUAUUUUCUAUCAGGUACUAUUUAUUUUAGGUAAUGAACAAAUUUUCCAUUUGAACUGAAGUCGCUGGCUUGUGACAAUAUCCUAAUGUUUUGUUAAUGUAUUUGCCUGAUGUGACCCAGUUCAGAUGACUGUGGAAUAUGUAUGUGGCUAUCGUCCCGCGAAUUCGUAGAGUUACAAUUUAAAAGUGACUUAAUACUGUGAUCUUAAUUUAAAAAAAUGCAAUUUUUGACAAAUUCUAAGAAACGCGUGACGAUCCAUUUUAAUUUCGUUUUUGUUUUUAACUUAUUUAAAUGUGUGAUAAAUUAAAAGUUAGGUUAUUAUGAAAAGUUAAUGCCAUAUGUUAUUUAAAAACAUACAAAAUUGGCAUUUUAAUCCCAAAAACUAGGAUCUUAAUGAAUCAGUCCUCAAAUUCCAAUCUUAUAAAUUAUUAUUUAAUAUAUAAAGACAAAAAAAUAAUAUAUUAUAUUACAUUUAGUUCCUCUUAGAAAUAUUAAUAAUUAUUUGUUAUCCAAAGAAUAUUACUUGUUUAAUAAUGCAUAUUAAAUUAUCUAUAAAUUGUUUGAAAACAAUUUAUGUCAAUUGAUUGACAUAAAAUCAAUUGGUUAAAAUUUUUUGACCCUUAGGUUUUAUGUUUAAUUACUUUAAAGCAAUAUUUAAAUUUAAAUUAUUAUGGAUUUUUACUUUUAAAUGUCAUAAUGAGUUAUUCCCACCAUUACGUCUUAUAGUUAUUAUUUGAAUAUUGUUUUACGAUAAUAUUUAGUGUAGGAUUAUUAAUAUGAAUAUAUUCCACAGUCAUUUAUAAACAGAAUCGUCAUUGUUUUAACCGAAAGGCUGCAUCUCGUAUAUUCAAUCUACGAUUUUGACGAGACGGCACGAAUUUAUAGCCAAGUUGAAUGUUAAUUUUAAGAUGUAAUUAUGAUUGUUGGAUUUACCGUCCGAACAUAAUAUAAUAGUGAUGACAUGUCAUCUAGAGGUUACAAUCUUGACACAUUGCCCAAAAUAUCUGUUUCCCAUCCACUCUUGUGUGAAAGCUUGAACAACUCGUAUAGUUAUGUGACGAACCCAUGAGGAACAUAGUAAUAAUGGGUUAUCAGUGCAUAUCAUCACAAAUUAAAACAGUGAUUAGAUAUUCUAAGGUUUUAGUAGAUGUUACAGACCGUUUUAAAACGAUUGAGUCAUUUAAAUGCGCCCAGAUGCUGGGCUUCUAGUGAAAUUAUCGUAAGUGUCGUUAACAGACUGGAAAAUUCUCUAUAAAUGCAUAUUUAAAUUGUAAUAUCCAUGGUCUCUUAAUUUAGUCAAGAUAUUUAAUAGUGAGUCUCUUAAAUUAUAUAUAAGUAAUGUGUAAAGUACUAACUACUAUAAUGAAUAAUAAUUGAUACUGUCCUUUUGUGCAACUUUGGUUCUGCUAUGUUGUGAUCAGCUUUAAAUUUAAACUGGUAUUUCUACACAAUAAUCUUUAAAUAUUAUCCACAAAGUUAUUUUUAUAAAAAAUGUUGAUAUGAGACAAUACAGUUUGUAGUUAUCAAAAUUUUAUUUAUAUUUAUAUGGGAUUUGAUUCAAGGUUUGGCAAAUAUUAUGGAAGGGACCAACAAUGACGCAUUGAUUUAUUUAAACUUUAUAACGAUAAUUUUAUUAGCAGAACUCUCUACCGAAACAAUGGUCUUAUCACGAUUUAAAUUUACAUGAUAACAUUGCAUUUUUUAUCAAUUGCUUUAUCUGUGAGUCAUCGCCAAUUUAUUAUGAUAUCUAUAUUUAUCCAGUAAUCAAUACAAAUGGGCUAUGAACAUAAACAAAUAAGUGAAUAAUUUACAAAAUUUUAAUAUAAUAUUUAUGAUUCAGUGGGUCAUGACUGAACAUAUAGCAUGGAUCUCAGAAUGCAGCUUACAGUGAUAUACAUAACAAUAAUCCUAAAUUGAAAGGCAUCUCUAAGUCGCUAAUAUCAAAAUCCUAAAUUUUAGAGGUGCCUUUGCAAGCGGUGUGCUAUAUUCAGUCACACAUACUCACAAAAUGGUUGUUAUGGUUAUUUAAAAUGAAAUGUUGCAUUCAGAUUAUUAUUUAGUUAUUAACUUUAAUAUGACAAGCUUCAAUCGAAUGUAGUUCAAAGGGGAGUAUUUGGAGAGAUACGCACAGUUUUAUAUAGUAGCUCUUGUUGUAAAGUCUCCUAAGUCGUAGUGUAGGAGUCCCUGUCGGCAGAGCGCCGCGCUCCCAAAUACCAACAGAGGCCGAGGUGCGAUGCAAUAUUUGCAUUCCAAUUUUGUUUAAGUUAGCAGCCGAGGGGUAGUAGUUGUUAAUUAUUUUAAUCCACAUUGCCAAAUAUAUUGGUUGUUGUGCUAUUUAUUUUAACUGAAUGAUUUUUUUUUUCUAAAAUAUCAAUUAGUACCUUCCAUUGCUAAGUGUCUUCAAGUGAUUUUACAACGUUUAAUCAUUUCAAUUUUAUGCAUUUUAUUUUGUUUAGUCAAAUCAUAUACAUUAUAUUAUAUUAUGUUGUAUUUUAUCUAUUGUUCAUUCAUAUUUAUAAUAACUAUUUUUCUCAUUGAACUGUAGUCAAAUGACAGUAUUUUUAUAAUGAAAAUUGUAUAGGGAUGAAGGGUUUAUUGCCUAGACGAGGCGCCCGCGGAAUGUCUGCGACCGCCGAGGGGUGCGCGUCCUGUGUAUUACGUAUCUGAUAAGCAUUAUGUAGGUUUAGCGAAAUAGAAUUAACUCGGAGACAAACUCCAAGUACCAAAACUUAUUGGUUUAAUGUUGUUCUCUUAUUACCGUGAUAUCGUGCGUCGCGCGCGGCGCAGAGCUCAAUAUUUUAGUAACCCUUAAGAAAAUUAAUACCUCUUUUGAAAAGAAUAUAAUAUAUAUUAUAUAGUAUAUCCAAUCGAUAAUCACAUAUUAUAUAUUUCCCUGUUUAUUUUGAUGUGAUAUCAUAAAUGACUGAUCUGAAUUUAGUUUUUAAGUUGGUUAUUGAUAUGCAGUGCUAUUUCGAGAGUGUAAUUAAGAUUUAAUAUUGAAAGUGCCAAUGCUCGUAAUUUAAUCUUUGACUGUUCCUUUAAUGUAGCUGUUUGUAAGGGCAGGCCGUAGCGGCCGGUUGCCCGACCCUCGUCUACUUCAGUAUAAGCGAUCGUCCUUCUUAACACAUAAGUUUAAAAUUGUUACUUUUAAAGAAAGAAUACACGUAACGUGCACAAUCUCAGUAAUGCUUGCAAUAUUAUGUAUAACAUGUAAUUCCUCAUUUUAUAAUUUAAUCCAGCGUAUCUAAUGUUAAGAGUACAAUAUGAGAUGAUGUUAUAUCAUUCUAGUAUCAAAAUUAACCGAAGAUAAUAUUAUUAGUUAGGUAAAAUUUUAACAUAGCUUCGUAUAAUUGGGAUGUUUUAGUAUUUAGUAGUGUAUAAUUACGGCGUAGUGGCAAGCGAAAUGUCUCGUGAUUGGAGUGAAAUAAUGUUAGUGGCAAUAAUACUCGAUGUAAGUUCCCUGCCAAGAGACUGUACAGGGUCGCGCGUCGCCGUCGCCUCCCGCGUCGCUCCGUCCGAGCGGCGCGGGGAACGGAGACGACGCUUCACAUGCGAACGCUACGCACUAGGCGUUUAUUUGUUGUAAUUAUAAUAAUAGCCGUAGGUAUUUUAUCGUACUUAAAUAAUUAUUCUUGCGAUGCCUUAAUUCUGGUUGUCAAUUAGACAUGUCUGCCUAGAGUGUUAUCAUUGUUUUUAUUUAUUUUAGUUUUUUGUUGUUCCGGUUUCCUCCGUGAACUUCCAGUCCAGGCUGUUCUUUUUAAAUGAUUUUGAUGUCGAUUUAUUUUUACCUAAGUGUUCUUAUUAAAUGUUACCAAAAUGUUUUUAAUAAAAUAUUUUUAUAUGUA